UAACAUGAGUUUUUGGCGAGAAGCCUCUAGUGUAAUUUUAUUAACAAAGUCGUCCAAUAUUACUAACGUAAAAACUAUGUGUUGGGAUCCUUUGAGAGUGCUUUGUAUGAAAAGGAGUGAAAUAAUAUCAUAUUUACCAAAUGUAAUUGUCUUCCCUGGAGGAACUACAGAAAAGUCUGAUUCUUCAAUAGAAUGGGCAAAGAUCAUUCCGGGUUGUAGUAAAUUGAAUUUAAAUUUGAAUAUAGUGGGUUAUAAUGGUAAUUCUGCGAUUAAGUUUGUAAAAGAUAAUGAAGCUGGUUCAAUUUCUAAAGAGCUGUCGUUACGUAUAACUGCUAUUAGAGAAACAUUCGAAGAAAGCGGCAUCUUAUUAUGUAAAAAAGUUAGCACAGAUAGUGCUGACACUGAUUGUGUUUUAUGCAGUCAUUUAGAAAUCGAAAGCAUCGAUAAUUGGAGAAAACUAGUACAAAAAAACUCGUCAAAUUUUAUAGAUUUAUGCAAUAAAAAUAAUUGUUAUCCAAAUGUAAAAGCCUUGCAAAUAUGGAGCAAUUGGUUAUCUCCGCCAAUAUCUAAAUCCAGUUUUGAUACAAAAUUUUUUGUCGCCAUUAUUGAUUCACCAGUAAAUAGCACUCCUGAUGGUACUGAAAUAUCAAAAAUAGAAUGGAAUACUCCAGACGAAAUAUUGUCUAGGUUUGAAUCUGGCAACGAAAUACUAGUUACUCCUCAGUUCUAUGAACUCUCAAGAUUAAAAAAUUUUAUUUCCUUUGAGGAAUUAACCAAUUUUGUAACUACAAGAAAUGGUCAUGAAUGCGAACAAAUGAUACCAAAGAUUGUCGUUACUAAAGAUGGAAUACUCAGUUUACUUCCUGGAGACGGUGUAUAUGACAAUUUUAAUGGUGGUAUGAAAAUUCACUCAACAGACAAAUAUAUUAAACAUUUUGAUGCACACAUAAUGCAUCGAUUAUACUUCAGUAAAACAUUUUUACCAAAAAAAUUGGUAGUUAGUAAUUACGUACCAAAAUAUGGACAUAUUGUACCAUUUAUCACUAAACCUCAUUCUAAAUUAUAACUUAUUGUAUAAAAUAUAAACUAUAAAUUAUAAGCUUUAAAAAUAAGAUUUAUUUGUGAACGGAUAAAAAUUUCAUUGUUAUUUAUUUUUAAUAUAUUCAUUAAUAUAGGUAUACUA